GUUACAUCCGGUUGAUAUUGACAGCAACAACAAACAAAUUGGUCAGGUCAUUUCACGAUUGUUUUUUGUUUAAGAGAAGUAAGUCAAGAGCAGAGUAGAAGGUAUGUGGGAUGAGGCACCUGAACUGAUACUAAAAAAUAUCUUCUGUUACCUUGAGGCUGCCGACCUUCAUGCUGUGUCCUUGACCUGCCACUUAUGGUAUCAAGUGGCAAAGGAAGAUGCUGUUUGGAAACAACUUGUUCAGAGAUUAUGGAAAAUUAAGGGAAGUUUGCCAUCAGGAAAGACUUCAUGGAGGAAUGAGUUUCGUCGUCUGACCUAUGAAACACCUACAUUCCUCAGCGAAACUCUGCAAGAACACUCGGAUGAAGUUUUGGAUGUCAGCUUCUCACAUGAUGGCAAACUGUUCUGUACGACCUCCAAGGAUGCAACUGUCAAGGUUUGGGAACUGGGAUAUCCUACUAAAGUUAAACACAAUGCAAAGAUGUUGACUUUACUGGGCUGGAAUCUGACACAAUUCUCCAUAUUUAAUAAAAGUGACACCUUCUUGUGUGUAUGUGGAGUUCAGUUUGGGGGAACUGUUGAGAACUAUUUUCCCAGCUCUUCUGGCAGAGCGGCAAUAUUCAGAACCAGUGAUUUUAAGAUACUGCAGACUAUGAUGAUGGAGCCUCCUCAGUUGUUUGCUGACUGGUAUGAUGACACAACAGUAUUAGGUGGUUAUGUAGAAGAGAAUCAGACAAUCCUACACAUAAAAGCUUUCAAGGUGAUAGAAGAAGGAGCGGGGAAUAUUGAAGAACCAGUUUCUGGACAGAUUGUGUACAGUUUUGAUACUGAUCAUCAUCACACAAUGAACAUCCUUGUGGCAGAUCUUCCUUGUGAACCUCAGUCAAAUGAUCAGUCACGUAACCAUACUUUGAAUGCUUAUCAGAAAAUGAAAGAAACCAAGCAUGUUAAAAAUGGGAAAAUUAAAGAAAUAGACUCUACAUUAGAUAAAGCCAGCUCCUGUGAAAGACAAAAAAUGAUGAUAUUUGUAUGUGGGCAACAUUCUGGUUUAUCAAUUCAUGAUGUGACAAAUUUACACAAAAAGAUUCAUGCUAGAAAUUCCAGAGAGGGUGCUAACUGUAGACAACCAAGUAACAGUGCUAAAUCAGCCACUAGCAGUAAUGUAAGACAGUCAACAGGAGCAUCAGGAAGGUCAAGGUCAGGAGAAAGAAACCAAGAAGCUCGCUCAGUUAUUGAUAAGCCCACUAACUCACCAUUAUUUGACAAAUAUUACAUAUCUGGAAUGAAACUCUCUCCUGAUCACAGGGAACUGUACUUCAACCAUAGAGUGUGCCAUUAUGAUGCAUUUGAUGAUGAGGGCUACCCAAAGGUAGAUUCAGACAUUGUUAUAGAUAAAUAUGACCUUGUCACCAACACUCACACUAAAGAUCUUUUGAGGGGACAUAAAGCUUUCUCUAAGUAUCCUGCCUGGUACAUCUGUCUGGACAUCAAUCAGGACUACAUUGUCAGUGGGAGUGAGGAUGGACGUGCCUACCUGUGGGACAGGCACUACCUCUGUUUUCUGGGUCAUUUACCCCACAGCUCUAACCCAGACACACAGAUCGUGAUCAAUGGCACUUCUUUCUGUCCCACUGACAGUGAGUGUGUGGUCACUGGAGCAGACGAUGGAAUUGUUCAUGUGUGGAGGUCACCAAGGAGACACGCACAACUUCAAAAACAACUAGGACUUGUGGCUAUGGAUAUGUGAAUCCCAUUUAAUUUUGUAUGAAAAAUUGCUAUUAUCAAUUAAUGUUAUAUAGUGGUGUCCUUAGACAUUUUGAUAGAUUGUUGUUUAUUAUUCCGUUUGAGAAUUUCUUAAUCCUAAAGAGAAGUCUUCAUAUACCGGUAAAGGGCUUCAAAAGGGUCAUUAUUUGACUUAUAUUGCAAUGCCUGCUGUUACUCAGGGGCUCGGUUUUUAAGGUUUAGUCCGAAUGAUUUGCAUCUUUCACUUCAAAGUGCCAAGCGCUUGGAAAGGAACAGUUGCUAUCUAUAUCACCCUCAGCUGAGGCUGGAAACCAUGGUCUUCCAAAUCACGAGGCGAGGACUCUACAGACUAAGCUACCAAGUCAGACGUUUUUUAAUAAACAUAAACCCCCUUUUAAUAUAGGUAAAAAGGCAAGGACAUGUUGAUUUAUUAUUAAUAGGUUUGACAAAAAAAAUACUAGUACUGAAAUCCCGUAACUAAAAGUUAUUUUCACACUCUUCCUGACUUUGGAGAAUAGGUUGAGCAGUGCAUAUAACAAACCAGCAAAAUGUUCUUGGAGCUACCUUUGUGCUUCAUGUUACGUGUCCAACGAUCUUGCAAGAACAUUUAGAACCUUGUCAAGUUGUCAUACAUUCAUUCUUAUGCCAGGAUAGCGAAAGUAACCUUAAUAUUGUAAACAAAAAGCAGCCAUUAUGUUGAUGGACAAAUCUCAAAGAGAUCGUAAAAGGACUUUUGUUGAAAAUGAAAAUCGAUUAUUAAGGUUUAAAGUGAUAUAUGGCGUAUUUUAAUAAGUUUAGACUAACUAUCAAUAAAAAGA